CCGGCGGCCUGAUGGGAUGCUGGCGGUAUGUGUGAGGCGGGCUCUUCGGGGACACCCAGGUGUUGGGACAACGUCCACGGGCCGUCAGUCCUUAUCGCUGCAGUAUUAUAACACAUCAGCAUUACGCCGUGCAGAGCCAUUUUAGACCCAGAGGCAGGCUGUGCAGCUCUGUGUGCAGAAGAAGAAGCUACACGGAAGUUUGAUGGCAGCUGCUGUUUUCCAGAAGUUCACAAUGAAGAGCAGCGUUUUCCUGCUGCUGCUCGCUGCUUUCACCUGUGGACUCGCACAGGGAACAGACAACGAAGUCGAGGAGCUGCAGGUGGAGACCCUGGUGAAACCCGAAACUUGCUCUGUACUUUCCAGAAUGGGAGACACGCUGCAAAUCCACUACACAGGUAAACUGUUGGACGGAAAGGUGAUCGACUCGUCACUGUCCAUGGACCCUCUUGUGGUGGAGCUGGGGAAGAGGACAGUUAUUGCUGGUCUGGAACAAAGCUUGGUUGGCGUCUGUGAAGGGCAAAAAAUCAAAGCCACUAUUCCGUCUCACCUCGCAUACGGAAAAAAAGGUUACCCUCCUACGAUUCCAGGUGACGCUGCUCUUGAGUUUGAGGUGGAGGUCGUUUCUCUGACGCAGCAGACGCCGUGGCAGAAAAUGGUCAACGACGUGCUCCCCCUUGUGUGUUUGGCUCUGGUGCCCACUCUGCUCGGCCUGGUGGGACUUUACCUCUACAGAAAGGCCAAUGCCGAGAAGCCAAGCAAAAAGAAGGCAAAGGAUAAGAAGAGCAAGAAGAAAUAAGGACACGGCACAGAACUAUUUAAAUAAAAUUUUUAAAUUGUA